AUGUCGGACUUCCGAAUGCUUCCGACCCAUUUGGAGCAUUUGUCUGCUACAGCAGAAGGAGAUUGGUCUUUUGCCAUGAUGUCUGCGGCUACCGCAAUUCCAUCCAAGAUGGCAAGAGAACGGUAUGGGCAGGUCACCUCAGAUGUGCGUUCUGCGCAUUUCAAGGAAAUCAGUGAGGUGACGUGCAAGCAUUCGCUCCUUUUCCAAGAGACAGAAGAGAAACUGCUUCUACUGGAGCACCAAGUCCAUUCUGCUCUUCUGGCCAUGGAGCAGAAGUUUGCACACCAUGAAGCGCAACUUCAAGGCCUGGAAGUUCGCUUGGAGCGGCUGGAGGGACAACUUCGUGUCCAAAGUGUGGCUUCAAAGUCGGCACCUGGAAGCCCUCAGAGCAUCGCUGUAGCAUGCUUGAAAGAACUGCAGAAUGAAAGUGCGGAGACGCCUGGAGCCAAAGUUGCCAAGGGCGGCAUACCGGUGAAACUGCCAGACUCUGAAGGGUUUGGCUCUCUGGCUGCUACGUCUCUGGAAAAGAUGCAGAUAUCAUCCGUUCAGCAAGAGGAUCUUCAGUCUUUGCGUUCAAAGGUCAACGAGAUCUGCGACAAGAUCCACUUGCAGAGUGACGCCGCGUCGGACGAGAGACUUUUGCUGGAGGAUGUUCAGAAGAUCUUGGUGCGGCUGGGCAGCGUGGAAGCUCAAGUGUCCUCCUGCAGGCAGAUGUUUGAGACUUCCAAGGCACAAGAGCAGCAGAAUUUGGACCGAUACGGAAAACUGCGCAAGGAAAGCAGCUUGCUGGUUUCUCGUCUCGACAUGCUGGAAGAGCAUAUCUCGCGAAUGGAAUCAGAUCAAAGAAAGGAUGUGGCCUUUAACGAAGCCAACUCAGAGCAAGGUGAUGCAUAUCGGUUUUUGGCGGCCUUGGAGCAUCAACUCGUGAAGAUGUCGAAAGACGUUGUGGCGAAUGUUGCGCAAAUGAAGCAUUUGAAGACUCGUCUGGGAGGCUGUGAGCAGAUGAGCAAAGAAGUUCCAACUCUGAGAUAUUCGAUGGAGGAAGCUGUAAGAUCUGCUGAAAUCCGAGAAGCUGCUUUGUCUGAAAGGUUGGAGUCGGUGCAAAAGCUGGCAACAUCCUUGUCUGGCAAAGUCUGUAUGAAUGAAGAACAUGCCAAAGCGAAAUUUCAGAAGCAUUCCAAUAUGGAGGAAGAUCUUCGAACGGUGUCUGCUCAACAGACAGCUCAAGUAGAAGUGCUGCGGAAAGAGUUGGUUCUGCAGGGUACCCAUUGUAGUGAGCAUUUUGCGGACCUACAGCAUCGUGUCUCGGAGUGCAACAAUCAUGUGGGCAAUUUGCAGCAGCUAUUGGGGAGUUCUGAUGCGUUGAAACGGUCAGUCUCUGCUAUCUCAAGAAGAAUGGCUGGGAUCGAUCUACAGAUUUCCGAGAAUAAGGAGCAGCUCUUGAAGAGUGACACAGAGUUUCGCCGAGAACAACACACUUUCCAGUGUACAUUGCGAAAACACAGUGACCGUGUUGAUGGUUUGGAGGACCGAUUGGUCAGAUGCGAGCGUUUGCUCAGGGGGCCCUGCCUUGGCAUGCGGGUGGCCGUGCCUGAACGACCGCCGCACGCAGCGCCUGUCAUCGGCGCGUCGUUUGCAAAGGCUCCUCAGCCCCUCCCAGUGACCCCGUCGUGCUGGGGGGUGUCGCGACUGGCGAGCACGGCGCCGACGUUGGUAGCAGCCUCUCCUGUCAACUGCUAUCGGCAACGUGGGCUGCCUUGUGGACUGACUGUGCCUGCUGGGCCUGCCGUGCCUGCUGGAGGCGUAAUUUCCAAAGCCAAUGUGAGUACUCCCUGUACGAAACCGGAGACAAGGACAAGUGGCGACUCGAAGCAGACAGAUGCGGCGGAACCCAUCAAAGAAUGGGCAUAUUUGUCAGAUGAAGAAAUGAUGCUCUAUGCCAAGCGCCAACUGGGAAGUUUGAUCUCACACACUUUGCUGGCAAAGCUGAGCCGUCGCGAACUGGUAGCGUUGCUUUCGCGCGAGCGUCACGCAAGCAGCCCCCAGACUGUGGUUCGCUUAAAAGGUGUUGGGAGCCCUCUGACGAGCGCCAGCGAGGCCAAGCUCGAGGACGCGGAAGAAGCUUUGGCCUUGGCCAAAGCGGAGGCUUUGGCACUCUUCUCUUUGCCUCGGAGAUGUUCUCCCAUCCUGAGCUUCCUGAGCUCUCCGAGCUCCGGCGUGUCCCGUGAGUUGCGAGACUGGGAGAUGGAGCAGAUGGAGCAGCCUGAGACAUCGGAGACGAUGGACCUAGCCGUUCCGCCACUUUCCCCUGACGAGGAACUUUCCUACCUCUUUGAAGUGUCACAGGUGUCACAGGUGUCACAGGUGCCGCAAAAGGUGCCACCCGCGCCAAAGCCGAGUCAUCGGACUGUGGAUACAUCUCAAGCGGAGCGUCCAUGCCAUCCAUGCACCUCUCCGAAGAGACCCGAAUCUCGACAGUCUCCACUGUGCCUCGGCUGA